AUGCACGGCUCAAAGAUCGCCCUCAUGGGCGUCGGCCUCGUCGCCUCUGUCGCAGCUGGCAAUCUCGCUCCCCGUCAGGCUGGUACGCGUCUCUUCGAUCGUACUCCCCACAGCACCUCGUUGAACGGCACUCUCAUCUACAUCGACAAGUCAAUUGAGACCGUCACCAUCACCGUGACCCACGAGACAAUUCCUGCAUGGUGCGUUAGCACUCCGGUCAUCCCGGUUGCUCCUCCGACCAGCGCUGCUCCCGUCACUUCUGCUACCCCUGCCGUCCCUGUCCCUGGCACUUCUGGCGCCGCCACCAGUGCUCCUCCAGCCGUCGGCACUAGCGAAGCUCCCGCUCCGCCAGCUUCUUCUCCUGCCAGCGUCGCCCCACCGGCCUCGUCAAGCACCGCCGGCGCAGGCACCACGUCCGCAGCUACCGCUUCAACCACCCGGGCCCCGACCUCUUCGGCCCCAGCCUCUUCUGCCCCAGCCAGCGCUUCGCCCCCCGCACCGGCUGAGAGCAGCCCGCUUCCCUCCAACGACGCCGUCACCAAGUCCGCCAUGACCGGCUUCGCCAUGGUCUGCGUCCUCGGCAGCGCCCUCUUCGUGAGCCUCGUCUAG